UUUUGUAGAUCAGUGUUUAAACUGGACGGAGCUCUAAUUUUAUAACUGACUUUCAUUAGACCCACGUGCUGUUGCAGCAUUUAAAUGGUUUAUAAUUACCAGCUAGUCGUACCUUCACCACAUCACAUUAUAUUACCAUUGGCUCUGUACCAACACGCCUUUAUCCCGUCCCUGGUCCACAGUCCAGCCUCCUUGUAGAGGCACAGUUCGGUGUGUUGGAAUGCUGCCGCAUCUGUCAGGAUUGGAUACUUUUUGCAUUCUUUUUUUGCUGUCUUUAACAUCUGGAUUCCUAGCAUCUAUAUAAUUCCACUUGUAUUUACACGUGAGCUAUGUGGAAUGCAUUGUAUAGCCACAGAGAACACUGAACUGAACGGAAGACUCGCGUUUUUAGGAUUACAGUGAGCUGUCCCGGGUACUGAAAUUCAGCACUUCUUCCUAACAUCACUGGCUCCGUAUAAUUUCUCCCCAGCCGUGCUAUUGUGAUCUGUCACUUUGAUGAUUCUAAUCCCACAGCCUGUCACCACAAAGAAUGGCCAGGAACAAGUGCAUUUUAACAGCUGUCUCGGGAUUUUACUUCUGGGAAGCUGCACUAUUACUCAGUCUGGUUACCACAAAAGAAACCGACAGUGCACGAUCCCGUAACUCCCCAAUGUCACCCUCAGAUUUUCUGGACAAGUUAAUGGGUAGAACAUCUGGUUAUGAUGCAAGAAUAAGACCUAAUUUUAAAGGGCCGCCGGUGAAUGUAACAUGCAAUAUAUUUGUAAACAGUUUUGGAUCAAUUGCUGAAACUACAAUGGAUUACAGACUAAAUAUCUUUCUGCGUCAGAAAUGGAAUGACCCACGUCUUGCGUACAGUGAAUACCCAGAUGACUCAUUAGAUUUAGACCCCUCUAUGUUGGAUUCUAUAUGGAAACCUGAUCUGUUUUUUGCCAAUGAAAAGGGUGCUAAUUUCCAUGAAGUCACUACAGAUAACAAGCUUUUAAGAAUAUUUAAAGAUGGAAAUGUUCUGUACUCUAUAAGAUUGACACUAACGCUAUCUUGUCCAAUGGAUUUGAAGAACUUUCCUAUGGAUGUACAGACCUGUAUAAUGCAAUUAGAAAGCUUUGGAUAUACCAUGAAUGAUCUCAUUUUCGAAUGGCAAGAUAAUGCUCCUGUACAACUCGCAGAUGGACUCACCCUGCCACAAUUUGUUCUAAAAGAAGAAAAAGAUUUACGUUAUUGUACCAAGCACUAUAAUACAGGAAAAUUUACAUGCAUCGAAGUAAGAUUCCAUCUAGAGAGACAGAUGGGAUACUAUCUGAUUCAGAUGUACAUCCCCAGUCUCUUAAUCGUCAUUUUAUCCUGGGUGUCUUUUUGGAUCAAUAUGGAUGCAGCUCCAGCAAGAGUGGCCUUGGGAAUUACUACUGUCCUUACAAUGACUACCCAGAGCUCUGGAUCCAGAGCAUCCCUUCCAAAGGUAUCGUAUGUCAAGGCUAUUGAUAUAUGGAUGGCAGUAUGUCUGCUAUUUGUUUUUUCUGCAUUAUUGGAAUAUGCCGCAGUAAACUUUGUCUCAAGACAACACAAAGAACUCCUGAGAUUUCGUCGCAAAAGAAAGAAGGAUAAGAAUGUUGAGGGAUUACAUGGUGGUAUUCUCGGUGGAAAUGAAAACCUUGAAACUUUACGACGUAACAAUGGCGUGAGGAGCGCAGAACCUAUAUACGGGACUAUGGCUCAAAUCUACAAUUCAGAUUUCAGGGAUGAUGACGUCAGGGAGAGUCGAUUUAGCUUUACAGCUUAUGGAAUGGGGCCUUGUCUACAAGCAAAAGAUGGAGUGACUCCAAAAGGACCAAUCAAUCCACCUCCUCCAGCACCAAAAACACACGACGAGAUGAGAAAAGUGUUUAUUGACAGAGCAAAGAAGAUAGACACAAUUUCUCGAGCUGGUUUCCCGCUAGCUUUCUUAAUUUUCAAUAUAUUUUACUGGGUAAUCUACAAAAUUCUCAGACACGAGGACAUUCACCAGCAACAAGACUAGAUGACUAGGAAUUUCUCACACUGGCUAGCACAUUCAACUCUAACUGAACACAAAACAAAGCUAUGGUAUUCAAAACAAAAACACCAAUUCAUUUGGGUAUGUGUUUAGGGCUCAGCCACUUGUGGUUAAAUUAUUUACUCAAAGAGUCCAAUAUGUAUGAACGUGAUAUUGCAUAGACCUCUGGUAAACAGAUGAUUACCGGAAAGAAUUUAACUUUGCUUUUAUUUAUUUCCUAUUUAUUUAUUGUAUUUUUUAAAUUAUUUGAAAGCUACAAUAUACUGCCAAUUGUUGAUACACAAUAAUUACUCAGCGAGCUCUGCAUUUACUAGUAGUUUUACAAUCAUUAUGCCAAACUGGACCAAAAACAUGAUUUUUAAGUAAUUUAAACAAAAACAUGUUCUUAUUAUUCAAAGCUAUCUUUUACUAUUAAUCAGCAAAGUAAUACAUGCUAACUUUUAUAUUUGAAAUAUAAGUAUGUUAAUAUGUAUUUAAAUGUUACGUGCCUGCUGCCAAAAGAUGUUCUACAUUAUGUGUAACAAGCAGUACAAUGUUGCUAUCAGGCUGUGACAUCAGUCUUAACACAAAGGGAUAGGCAAGCAAUCAGAGGGACUGCUUUAUAUACUUUUAUAAAUAUAUUUUAUGACCGUGCAUGCUUUUUAAGGUAAAA